UGUCCAAGCCAGGGAACAAAACGGCCCUCCGUGGCUUACAGAGGAGGGAAACUACUGGAUUUUGUCCUGGGGAAGGGAUCCCUCCUCCCACUUCAGCCUCUCCUCUUUCCAGUUGCCUCCUCUAACCGCUUCCUCCACACGACACGCCUCCUCCCCGCCCAUUCAACAGGCAUAUAUGACCCUUCAGAGCAGCCCUCUGAGUCGGUGGCCUCCUUCGUGUCGCGACAGAAUUCCUCAGAGUCUGGAAGACGCAAAGAACUGAACAUGGCGAAAUGCGGAGCGUGCGGCCCUGGAUACAAAACUCCGUUGGACGCGAUGAAAGGUCCCCGGGAAGAGAUCGUAUACCUGCCUUGCAUCUAUAGGAACACUGGAAUAAAGAAGCCAGAUUAUCUGGCCACGGUGGAUGUAGACCCCAAAUCUCCAACCUAUUGCCAAGUCAUCCAUCGCCUGCCCAUGCCCAAUGCCAACGAUGAGCUGCACCACACUGGAUGGAACACCUGCAGCAGCAGCUUUGGGGACACAACCAAGAGACGGAACAGGCUCAUCCUCCCCAGCUUGAUCUCUUCCCGGAUUUAUGUGGUCGAUACAGGCACCAACCUGCGAGCUCCCCGCCUCCAUAAGGUUAUUGAGCCCAUCGACCUGUAUUGGAAGUGCAACUUGGCCAAUCCUCACACCUCUCACUGCUUGGGCAAUGGCGAAAUCAUGAUCAGCACCAUGGGAGACCCUUCUGGCAAAGGGAAAGGUGGUUUUGUGCUGCUGGACGGGGAGACCUUUGAGGUGAAGGGGAACUGGGAGAAAGGACCCAAGGUCCCUGAACUGGGCUAUGACUUCUGGUACCAGCCACGACACAACGUCCUGAUGAGCACAGAAUGGGGCGUGCCCAAGUGCCUGGCAUAUGGAUUUAAUCCAGCUGAUUUGGAAAAAGGCUGCUACGGAAGCCACAUUAACGUGUGGGACUGGACCACCCAUGAGCUCAUCCAGUCAAUCGACGUGGGGAAGAACUCCAUCCCCCUUGAGAUCCGCUUUCUCCACAACCCCGAUGCGGCAGAGGGGUUUGUUGGCUGUGCCCUCACCAGCACCAUCCACCGUUUCUACAAGACCAAGAAUGGGAAGUGGGCAGCGGAGAAGGUGAUCCAGGUCCCCAACAAGAAGGUGAAAGGGUGGCUGCUCCCCGACAUGCCAGGUCUCAUAACGGACAUCCUAAUCUCCUUGGACGAUAAGUACCUGUAUUUUAGCGACUGGAUUCAUGGAGAUAUCCGCCAGUAUGAUAUUACCGAUACCAGGAAGCCGAAACUGGUGGGACAGAUCUUUCUUGGAGGCAGCAUCGUCAAAGGUGGGCCGGCCACUGUGAUCGAGGACCGGGAGCUGGACUGCCAGCCAGAUCCGUUUGUCAUCAAGGGGAAGAGGGUUCAAGGCGGGCCUCAAAUGAUCCAGCUGAGCUUGGACGGAAAGAGACUGUACGUCAGCACUUCCCUCUACAGCGGUUGGGACAAGCAGUUCUACCCAGACAUGAUCAAGGAAGGCUCCGUCAUGUUACAAAUCGACGUAGACACCAAGGAAGGUGGCCUGAAAGUGAACGAAAAGUUCUUUGUGGAUUUUGGGAAAGAACCGGACGGCCCAGUCCUUGCCCACGAGAUCCGCUACCCGGGCGGAGACUGCAGCUCCGACAUCUGGAUCUGAGCGAGGGCCUCAGCAAAGUUGGGCUCUUCACGUUGACUCUUUCUUCUUCCCUAGGUCCGCAUGUAAACACUGAUGUAGGUGGGGCCUCCAACAAGGUUCCUGUGGCUGUUUGCACACUUCCUUUCCUUCAUCUGUAUAUCUCUUUCUUGGCUAUUAUUUCCAUUUUUCUUAAACGCGUCCACAGGACCCGAAGGCUAACAGCCCUAUGAAUAUAUAAUGUUGGGACCUGAAAGCAAUGGGUAUCCCCCCUCAAAUCAUUAUUGGAUGACAAAAAAAAGUUUCUUUUUAAAUAUCCACAGUGUACGGUGACAUCUCAAAUUACCAAUGCUAAAUGACGGAAAAUAAAUAUUUUGCUGUUUAUGUGGCUGCUACCACAUUCUGCCACAAGAGGUCACAUUCAGAUUUCACCAUGCACCAGCGUCUGCAGGGAAAAGUUAUUUCACUGUGGCAUAAGUUUGACCUGGGACUCUGGGUGCGUUUACAUUACUACUUUUAAACUGGCCUGAUGAUGGUUUAAGUGUCUCAUCAUAACCAACAAACGUGGGAAAGGUAGGUAUUCUUUAUCGAACAUUCUUGGAAUUCUUAGCAAAGCAAAGCAAAAAACUCGUGGGGCCCCUCCAGACAUCCUUUUUAUGGUGCAUUCAUGGUCCUUUGUGCUCAGGAUAGCAUCAAGAAGGUUCUACACGAUUUGGCUUUCAAUACUCUUUGCUCCUGCAAAAAUAUACUGCUUCGUUUCCAAUCGCUGCACAUCCCACAACUUCCUACACAAAUCCUGUAACUCUUCAUACCACAUAUGUUCCAGUGUGUGUGUGUGGGGGGACAGAGUUGUGUGCGUCCUGUUUUUGUUGCCCUACGGCACAAGAGUGCCCCUCCAAACGUACAUUUUUAUGUAUGACUUGUUUCUUAUGUACCCCGCUUACAAACGCAAAUGGUUACGCGGUAUAUAAAUGUCUGAAAUAAAGAAAUAAAACUG